AUGUCGGAGAUUUCAAAACGUGACCUGCACCAGAUUAUGAUUUAUGAGUUCAAACUUGGACACACUGUUGCGGUAGCCCACUCAAACAUUACAAAAAUAUAUGGGUCAGAUUCAGUUUCAAAGAACUCUUUGGCAUGUAGUUUUCAACGUUUUCGACAGGGCGAUUUUGACGAUGAGAGGGUGUCCACUCGGCAUCGGAAACAAAUACUUACUAAUGACAAGGGAACAAAAAAUGCUGCGAAAACUGAGCUGUCAUUACCUGCGGAAUCGGUCAAAAAGUCAAACCAGCAAAAGAAGAAGACGACUUCAAGGCAGUCGGGAUCCAGUGGUGAGACUGAAGCGAGUAAAAAAUGCAGUCCAAGAGGAGCGAUGAUGGUAUGUUGA